CUUCUCCUUCCUCCCCCCCCCCCACAUAUAGACAUCAUGUCUAUCAACAAGUCUUGCAUGAUCUGUGGGACUGAGGAAGAUCUCCUCGCUACGCCGUGUGGCACCCACUGGGUGUGCACUGAAGACGUGGCGGAUUUCUUCGAAUCCGCGACGAGGUCGGAGAGCCUCUUCCCGCCGAAAUGCUGCGGUGAGACGCUCUUGCUGGAGGACUACGAGGCCCACGUGCCGUUCGAGGCUUCAUGGGCGUACCAUGUCAAGCAGAAGGGCGAGUAUGCCAUUCCGCCCAAAAACCGUGUGUACUGCGCGAAUAGCUCGUGCAGUAAGUUCCUGCACCCUGGCUCGUACGCCUGGGAUGAGGAAAGUGGGACAACGUAUGCUAUCUGCAAGGGUAGCGAGGGCUGUGGCAAGACGACGUGUGUGUCGUGCAAGCGGCUUCUGGCCUCCGGCACGAAAGAGCACGCUUGCCGCGGUGCCGAGGAGGAGCGGGAGUUCCGGCAGGCGGCCAAGGAACAGGGGUUCCAGGAGUGCUUUGGGUGCAGCCGCACCAUCGAGCUGGCAGAAGCAUGUAACCACAUCACAUGCGAAUGCGGAGCUCAGUUCUGCUACGUCUGCGGCAAUGCCUGGACGGGGCUGCAUGGCUGCCCCCAGUAUGGGGCCGCGGAGUAUGACGACCUGGGUUACAACCAGGACGGCUUUCACCGCGAGACGGGCCGGAAUCUGGCGGGGCUGGACCGGGACGGGGAGAUU